AACUUAAGUAAGGUUUAAAUAAAGGUCAAUUCAUGAAAACCGUAAAGUGCAUUCUACGUAAAUACGUAAAUUAUAGAUAGAGAAUAGAGGGCUUAUCGUAUUUGACAUUUGUGGGAGGAAAAGUACUGAUUGUUUACAAUUUUCUAAAAACUCAGCAGUCCGGAGAAAUACGUAAAUGAUAAUGGAUGCCAACAUAGAUGAUGACGGAACACAUAGCGAAAUAGAAAAUCCAGAAAACAGAAACAGUAAUGACGAGGAUUAUUCAGAAGAAAAUACAGAUGAAACAUCUAUAUCUACUGAAAGUACUUUUGAUUUGACUCUACCAACAACACAUUCUUAUUUAGGACAUAAUUUGGAAGAACUUAGAGGAAGGACAAUAUUAGAUGAUGGACUUUACGUAAACUUACCAUUGUUAGUAAAGCAGUCUGUUAUGUUAUUUCCUGGACAAACAUUACCAAUGACAGUAUUUGAUGCACAAACCAUUGAUAUGAUAAGGACAUGCAUUGAAAAUGAUCGGACAUUAGGUGUUGUCUGUUUGGGAUAUGAUAAAAUGGUACCAAUAGGUACAACUGCAGAAAUUUAUGAAUGCAUGUAUGAUCCUGAUCAAGGUUUUCGUUUAAAAGCUAAAGGUAGACAAAGAUUUAAGAUUUUGCGAGUUAUAAUUCAGGGAUAUGAUAAAAUAUCAGCUCAUGUACAAGUUUUACCAGAAAUAACUCUUGGACCACCAUUUUUGGAUGAACGUUUAGCAUCAUUAGAUCAUUUACGAAUACAACCGAAAAGUGAGGAAGAUUUUAAAAAACAAGAAAGAGUAGAAAAUUUAGAUGCUAUAGUAACUCCUUGGCCUGCUUGGGUAUAUCGGCAAUAUGAUCCCUUAAGACUUUCGUUAAAAAUACGACAACGUUUGCAGUUUAUUGAGAGUAAAGGAAGUAAUAUACCAGAAGAUCCUGCAGAUUUAUCAUUCUGGGUUGCCCAAAAUUUGUUAUUAGAUGACAAUGAAAGAAUCGUUUUAUUAAAUUACGAUUGUGCAAUUUCAAGGCUACAAAGAGAAAUUAAAUAUUUAGUAGAAGACAAAAUAUUUGUUUGUUCUAAUUGCGAUUCUUACAUUGGAAGGCAAUCACAUAUGUUUCCAAUGAGUAAAGAAGGUCCACAGGGUACUUACUGUAAUCCUUCUGGAAUUAUACAUGAAACUGUAACUUUAUAUCAUGCACAAGGCCUUACGCUGAGUGAUAAUCCAUCAAUAAAUUAUACAUGGUUCCCAGGAUAUGCUUGGACUGUCGCAACGUGUAAAGAUUGUGAUAAUCAUAUGGGAUGGAAGUUUACAGCAGUUCAGAAUAAUUUAAAACCUAAAGCAUUUUGGGGUUUAUUACGUAAAAGUUUGAAAAGCAAAGAGAAGUGAGCAAACCAAAAUUUAAAUAUAUUAUGCCGAAAAAUUCGGUGAUUAGUUUGGAAAACCCAGUGCAUAUUUCCCAUAUAGUUUUUUAGUAUUAUAUGACUAUGUGCAAUUGUUUGUACUGCUUAGUUUUUGUGAGCUAUCAAUAACAAUAAUGUUAAUUUUUCUAAUUAAAAAAAAGACUACAAAACAUAC